CAAAAUUCAUUUGACAAAAUCCGUAAUAAACCCUUGAAGUAAGCGUGCAUCUUCCCGCAAUUUGUGAAAUCCCAAACUUGGAAAGUUCUGAACUGUUGGCAGAAGAAGAAAGUAGUGAGUAAUGUCUGCAGAUACAGCCUCACCCGCAAAGCGGGCCAAGGUAUCCAAUCCAGAUUCUUCGUUUGAAGGGGAUCAAAGCCAAGAUUUUGAUUCUGCCACACAAAAGGCUUUGGAAGACAUUGAUGCUUGUCAAAAUGAAAUUGAUGCUUUGAAUGAGAAAGCCAGUGAAGAAAUCCUUAAAGUUGAACAGAAGUACAACAAAUUGAGGAAACCACAUUAUGAAAAGCGCAAUGAUAUGAUCAAGAACAUUUCCAAUUUUUGGAUAACUGCAUUUAUGAAUCAUCCUCAAAUCUCAGCAAUUCUAGAUGAUGAAGAGGAAGAGUGUCUGCACUAUUUGACUACGGUGAAUGUUGAAGAAUUUGAUGACAUUAAAUCGGGGUACAGAAUUGGUUUUACCUUCUCCAAGAACCCAUACUUUAGCAAUGAUAUCAUCUCCAAAGAGUUUCACCUUGCAAAUACAGGGGAUCCAGAGUCUAAUGCCACAGAAAUCAAGUGGAAAGAUGGUAUGGACUUAACCAAGAGAGCACAGCAGCAAGCCAACCGGAAACGUCGCCAUGGAAACGGACGGACCUUCUUCACGUGGUUCAAUGAUGUCAGCGAUCCAUCUGCUGAUGACAUAGCUGAGGUAAUCAAAGAUGACAUGUGGCCCAACCCCUUGCAGUAUUAUCUUGCCCCUGAAUCAUUUGUAGAUGAAAAUGGAGUGAGUGAUGAAGAUGAUGAUGAAGAAGACUUGGAUGAUUCUGUGGUUGUACUGGAUGAAGACGAUGAUGAAGAUGGUGAGGAAGUGUAUGAAGUGGAAGAUGAAGAGGAGGAGGAAUUUGAGACGGUGGACUUUGUUGGGGGUGAAGAGGACGAUGAUGAUGAUGGUGUUGAGGUGAUUGAAGAUGGAGAUGAUGAUGAAGAGGCAGCUGAUGAAGGAGAGGAGGAACCUACAAAAGCCAAGACAGCAGUGAACGGGUCAAGCGAAGCUCCAGUGGUCGUAAACGGAUCAAAGGAGGGGGGAGGGGGAGAGUGAAGGGAACUAUUAAUUGUAACACAUUUAUAUAUAUUCAUACAUCAGCUGAAAUUUUUAACUGUUAGAACACACUAUUAUUUAUUGUUGUUUGUUUGAUCUUGUGUUCAGUUGGACAGCCCAUUUGCAUCGUUAAAUAAGGCAAUUAUUUGCACUUGUUUGUCUCAUUACUUAUGUGGUAUACACAAAAAUACACAUAAAAGUUGUUUUGUAUGUUUCAUUGAACCUAUUCUAUAUAGUAUAAAGCUUUGAAAUAUUUUGAAUUCGGUGCCAGUAGAUAUGUUUCGGGUUGGACAUCAUGAUGUCAUAUAAUCUGCAAUUAAGAGGGCUGGAUGGUUAUGGCCAUUUGUAGACAAAAUUGAUCUCCUAAUAAAGAAGAGUUCUGUGUGAAAAAUUAGAAAAAUAUUCAUAUUUUAAGUUUUAUGAAUUUUUCUUUACAAAGUUAUAGUUUAUAGCUUUAAAAAUCAUCUCUAGAAAUCUAAAGUCGAUCUGAGGGCUAAUACGUGGACCACCCAGCCUUCUUAAUGUAAGGUGGUGUUCUCCAGUUAAAAAAAAACCAUCAUUGUUUUAUGUAGCAUAAGUAUAUUUUGUUCUCAUUUUAACUAUUUACAUGUACAUGUAUGUCCCAGAAAUGAAAUAGUUGGUGCACAUUUUUCAAUUAGUCUGUCUCUAUUUCUGUCAGAUUUACCAUCAGAAUAUUUUUUUUAAUGUGAAGCCAACUUCAUUUUGGUCCCUUAAAGGAAUGGGUUUAAACUUUGUCGCCAUUGGGAAGAUUUCUUAAACACACCAAGUUCAUAGUCUGAUUCCUCAUUGUUUUCUGUUGGAGCAAAUAAGAAAGGUAGCUUUUAAAUGUAAAGACAUGCUUUAAAUGCACAUAAAAGAUGCUUCAAACAAAACUCAUUGUAAAUCAUACAUGGGUUGAGGAAGAUAUUUUGAUUAUUUUGGAUUAAAACAAUUAAUAUAAACAUCAGAGUUUCUUUGGUGUUCAAAUAUAUAUUAUUUCUAUGAAUCAAGUUUUAGCACACAGUUUCUGUCAUUAUUACAAAGUCUUGCAAAAUUCUCAGACAUACCUGGUACUUAUCAAAAUUUAUUCAUUACAAUUACUUCUCCUGAAUUUAAAGCUGAAUUUGAUUGCUCUCUAACAAAAAAUGAUUGUAGCAAGUGCCUCUAAUUCUGACUGACCAUUCAACACGAUGCAAGUAUGAGGUAUUUCCAAGAAUCACUGUUGUAGCCCAUACUUUAUUUAUCAGACUAUUUCAAAAGUGUAAAACCACACAGUCAUGCCAAUUGUUAACCGUUUCAUUUUGUGUAAAUUAAUGAUAAAAUGUUUGAAAUAGUACCAUAAACAUGCCAGGAUCUCUGAUUUGCUAUUUAAAUAAAGUCUGUCCCAAGAUAUUAAAAUUGAUGAAAGGGAAAUUAUCCAAGAUGCAUGUACAUGUAUCUUCAUCGACACAUUACCAUUUCUCACUCGGAAAAAAUCACAAGAACAAAAACCAAUUUCUUACAGAGAUUUAUAAUGGAAAGUGUUUACCUGGUAUAUCCUUUCUCCGUUUUAAAGUUACUUGGAAUACCUUGCACAAUUUUUCAUUAUUAUCAUCUGAGUACAUUUAUCUUUGUGCAAAGGAAAUCCCCGUAGCCUUUUUGUUUUAAGCCUUGUAUUGAAACCUGACAAGCUACAAGGGGUGUUUCAAAGGGGAAAUCUUGGGAAUUCUUCAUGCUAUUGAAUGCACAUUGUUAGAACCCAGAUGUAUUUAUAAAUAUAGAAUAAUCUAAGGAAAUGUGCUGCAAAAAUAUUUUGGGACAGACAAUAGGUUUAUGUAUUAAAAGCAUUAAAAUUCUUCUGAGUUUUUGAACUACAGCAUUGUCAUAAUGUUUCCUGUGAGAAUUGAGAAGUUUAAGUAAUAACAGUACAUGAAAAACCAUAUUAAUGAUGAAGAUAAAAUAUAUUGAUAGAAA